GGUGCCGUUUGUCCAACGUGCCGCACUACUGGACUCGUCGUCCGCGACGCCGCAAGCAAACGCAAGGGCCUCUCUGCGUUUCUCGAGCUGUACUGCGAUAACAGUGAAUGCCCAGCGUCAGUGCUUUCCGCCGCGCAUAGUUCACGGCGUGUUGUGCCAGAAGGACAUCCCAUCGGUGCCAUUGAAGACCGGAGCUAUCGAAGCGGCAGCUCGCGCGACAGCUUCGCCGUGAAUGUGAAAGUAGUGGUGGCCGCGCGUGCGAUAGGCAUCGGACAUGAACAGCUAUCGCGUUUUUGCGCUAUUCUUGGCCUGCCAACACCUAUGCAUCACAAGACUUUUAUUGCAAUUGGCAAAAAAGUUCAUGCCGCGGCUGUUGAAGCUGUGCAAGAAAAUCUUGCGAAGGCAAGAAUCAAAACAAAAGAGAUGAUGGAUGGAGCUGAUGUUGCUGUCAUGUAUGAUGGAACUUGGCAAAAGAGAGGGCACAAGAGCCACAAUGGAAUAGGCACUGCCGUGUCUGUGGACACUGGUUUGUGUCUAGAUUAUGAGGUGCUCUCAAACUACUGCCUUGCCUGUAGCCGACAUCAGGACUUGGGUGCUGAGGAAGAAAUAUGGCAGGCGUUUCACAGUCCCAUAUGUGAAAAAAAUACUGAAUGCUCCUCUCAUGCUAUGGAGACUGAGGCAGCUUUGCGUAUAUGGGGUAGGACGCCCUCAUAUGAAACACCAUUGCGCUUCACCAAGUUCCUCAGUGAUGGGGAUAGUAAAGCAUACACCGCUGUCGCUGAGGCCAAGGUGUAUGGUGAAGCAGUUGUGGAGAAGGAGGAGUGCACAAACCAUGUGGCCAAGCGUCUGGGCACUGCACUUAGAAAGCUACCAACACGACUUCCACGAGGAGAAAAAUUGAAGGAUGGCACCAUUCAGAAGCUUCAAAACUAUGCCAUAACGACAAACAGGGGUGAUCUUCUGAAGAUGCAUCGUGCCAUCUGGGCGUCUUACUUCCACUCAUCCUCCAGCAACAGUGCAGGCAGCCACAGAUACUGUCCAGAAGGGGUGAGCUCCUGGUGCAAGCAUAGGCGAGCCGAAGCUCUUGGAGAGCCUACACCAGACCACACACCGAUCUUGACUAAGGCACAGGGAAUGGCUGUUCUUCCUAUUUACAAGCGCCUCACAGAGGAAAAGUUGCUCGUUCGCUGUCUGCAAGGAAAAACACAAAAUGCUGCAGAAUCCUUGAACAGCAAGAUCUGGCUUUUGUGUCCGAAGACAAAGUUUGCCUCCCGGACAACAGUGGAAACUGCAGCUGCAAUGGCCGUGUUGUGGUUCAACAAAGGUCACUCAAGCUUUGAACAGGUCCUACAAGAACUUGGUGUACUGCCACCUAAUGAACUGAUCACCCUCGGCCAAUCCCGUGACCAGAGAAGGAUCCAAAGAAUGUCUUCAUGUGAGACAGCUGAGGCAAGGGCUCAUCGUCGCAACAUGGUGAAAAGAGCGCGCCUUGAUGACUCCAUUCUCAAGCGGCGAGAAGGAAGAACAUAUGGAGCUGGACGUUUUUAAGUGCUCUGGCUGUUUAAAGGGUGAAUUGUUCUAUGC